CGGCUUUCUCCCUCCUCCUUCUCCCGCCUCCUCCUCCUUCUGCCGCCGCCGCACCUGAGCCCCGCUGCGGUGCUUCCCGGGCGGCCGCACCGCCAGCGCCAGCGCCAUGCCCCGUCCUGCGCCGCCCGCCGCGCCCCGGCUGCUGCUCCUGCUGCUGCUGCUCGGCGCGGACGCUGCCGUGCGGGGCGGCGGAGAGGAGCGGGAGCUGCACGCGUGCAAGGAGUCUGAAUACCACUACGAGUACACAGCCUGUGAUAGCCUUGGCUCUCGGUGGAGGGUGGCCGUGCCACACACCCCAGGACUCUGCACGGGCCUGCCAGACCCCAUCAAGGGCACUGAAUGCUCCUUUUCCUGCAAAGCAGGUGAAUUCCUGGACAUGAAAGACCAGUCAUGCAAAUCCUGUGCAGAGGGCAGAUACUCCCUGGGCACUGGCGUUCGCUUCGAUGAAUGGGAUGAGCUACCCCAUGGCUUUGCAAAUGUGGCAACCACCCUUGAGGUUGACAAUAGCUUCUCAGAAUCAGCAGAGAACUGCACCACGUCAACGUGGGUGCCUCUGGGAGACUACAUUGCCUCCAACACAGAUGAGUGCACAGCCACCCUGAUGUAUGCUGUCAACUUGAAGCAGUCUGGCAUGGUCUCCUUUGAGUACAUCUACCCAGACAGCAGCAUCGUCUUCGAGUUCUUUGUUCAGAAUGACCAGUGCCAGCCAACCGUGGAGGAGUCAAGGUGGAUGAAAACCACUGAGAAGGGAUGGGAGUUCCACAGCGUGGAACUGAGCCAUGGCAACAAUGUCCUGUACUGGAGAACCACAGCAUUCUCAGUGUGGUCCAAGAUCCCCAAGCCUGUGCUUGUAAGGAACAUUGGCAUCACAGGAGUGGCCUACACCUCAGAAUGCUUCCCCUGCAAGCCAGGCACCUAUGCAUCCAAACCGGGAUCUUCCUUCUGCAAGCUUUGCCCACCAAACUCUUACUCUGGCAAGGGAGCCACCUCAUGCCAGCAGUGCGAGCCAAACACUUACUCAGAACAAGGCUCAGCAGCUUGCAAACCUCGUCCUCCCUGCACCGAUAAGGAUUAUUUCUACACGCACACUGCCUGCGACACUAAUGGGGAGACUCAGUUAAUGUUUAAGUGGGCAGAGCCGAAAAUCUGCAGUGAAGAGCUGCCUGAUGCGAUGAACCUGCCUCCCUCUGGUGUGAAAACCAAGUGCCCACCAUGCAACCCGGGCUUCUUCAAAACCAACUCCAGCACCUGCGAGCCCUGUCCCUAUGGGGCAUACUCAAAUGGGUCCGGUUGCAUUAGCUGCCCUGCUGGAACUGAACCUGCGCUGGGGUUGGAAUAUAAAUGGUGGAACACGCUGCCAGCUAAUAUGGAGACAACUGUCCUCAGCGGGAUCAACUUUGAAUAUAAAGGGAUGGCAGGGUGGGAGGUGGCCAGCGACUAUAUCUACACAGCAGCAGGAGCCUCUGAUAAUGACUUCAUGAUCCUGACGCUGAUCAUUCCAGGAUUCAGCCCCCUGCAGUCAGUGAUGGAGGAUGCUGAAAACAAAGAGGUGGCAAGAAUUACCUUUGUCUUUGAGACUGUCUGCACUGUAAGCUGUGAGCUGUACUUCAUGGUGGGUGUGAAUUCGAAGACCAACACACCAGUAGAGACCUGGACCGGCUCCAAGGGGAAACAAUCCUACACGUACAUCGUUGAAAAGAACGCCACUAUGAGCUUCACUUGGGCCUUCCAACGGACGCCGUAUCAUGAGGCAGGGAGGAAGUACACAAAUGACAUCGCCAAGCUCUACUCAAUCAACGUGACCAACGUUAUGGAUGGUGUGGCCUCCUACUGCCGGCGUUGUGCCCUGGAGUCAUCAGGGUCUUCCUGCACCUCCUGCCCACCUGGGAACUACAUCGACCGAACGUCUGGCGCCUGCCACCCCUGUGCACCAAACACUUACCUGAAAGCUCACCAGCCCUACGGCCAUCAGGCCUGCAUCCCCUGUGGCCCAGGCACAGUUAGCAAUAAGAUACACUCCCUGUGCUAUAAUGACUGUCACUUCUCAGUGAACAAGGAUGGCAGAACUCUGGAGUAUGACUUCUCAACCCUAGCUAACAGCACAUCCUUCACUAGUGGGCCAAGCUUCACUACUAAGGGACUGAAAUAUUUCCAUCACUUCAACAUCAGCCUUUGUGGGAACCAUGGAAGGAAGAUGGCUUUCUGCACAGACAACGUCACCGACAUCCGGGUCCCAGACGGGGAAGUCGAGUUUUCUAAAUCUGUCACCUCCUACGCCUGCCAGUCCAUCGUUGUGCCCUCUGACGUCAUGGGCUAUAAAACAGUGGUGUCCUCCCAGCCUGUGAGCCUGGCUGACCGCUUUGUUGGAGUGACAACUGAGACGACCGUGGACCACAUCACCUCCCCUCCUGACUACUUCCCUACUGAGAAUGUCGUGGUGCCUGAAGUAAUAUUCUUCUACAGAUCUAAUGAUGUGACUCAGUCAUGUAAUUCUGGAAGGGCCACUGCCAUCCGCAUGCGCUGCAACCCUCUGAAGACCGGCUCGGGAACACUCUCCAUGCCAAGGAAGUGCUCUGAUGGAACCUGUGAUGGGUGUACCUUCCAUUUUCUGUGGGAGACUGCUGAAGCCUGCCCACUCUGCUCAGCUUACGAUUACCGUGCCAUUGUUAGUGCCUGUGUUGGUGGGAUUCAGAGAACCACGUAUGUGUGGCGGGAGCCAAAGCUUUGCACAGGAGGCAGUCUCCUCCCAGAACAGACAGUCAGCAUCUGCAAAACCAUGGAUUUCUGGCUCAAAGUUGGCAUCUCAGCCGGUACCUGUGCUGCUGUGCUGCUGACCGUCAUGACCUGUUACUUCUGGAAGAAAAACCAAAAGUUGGAGUAUAAAUACUCUAAGCUCGUGAUGAACGCUACCACAAAGGACAGCGAGUUGCCAGCUCCUGACAGUUGUGCCAUUAUGGAGGGAGAAGAUGCAGAAGAUGAUCUAAUAUUCACAAGCAAGAAGUCUCUCUUUGGCAAGAUAAAGUCCUUCACUACCAAGGUUAUGCAGAGCUACAGUCGGGCUUUGCAAGACUUUGGCUAUAGGGCUGCUCUCAAUAAAAUAAGAAGAGGUGGGAGCUUUCAGAGGACAUCAGAUGGGUUUGAUUCCGUUCCGCUCAAGACUUCGUCAGGCAGCACAGACAUGGAUCUCUAAGGUGGAGCACACCCAGCUGGCCUCCUGCACAAUGCCUUGGCUGUGAGAUAACUCGAUGCUUCUCCUUGGUGGAUCCCUGCACUCUGAUAAACUCAUCAUGUGGCCUUAUUGGAUACACUUUUAACUUGAGCUCCUUAUUGCUUUCUUUUAAAAAAAACCAACAGACUCGGAACAUACCCUCCAAAAAAAAAAAAAGAAGCCAAAUACAGGUGUGUUUUUAAACUACAUAUUUGCAUGUUUCCUGUGUUCCCAGUUCCUGGCAGCUGACUACAAAUCUCUGUGCUGCUGCAUGGUUUGUUUCUUGUCAAAUUAUUCUGUCCAAAUGCACUCAUAAUAAUUCGCACUUACCCCUCUCUGAGAUAUCAGGCCAUCCCGUGCCAUCCACUCCCAUAUCUGGGGAUUACUGGGCAUCCUUUCUGGCUGCCUCUGCAACUGAUGAAUCAAUACAGAGGUUUGACUUUUGCAAGAUCCUUCCAGCAGCUAUGCCAGUGUGCUAGAGGCAUGUUCUCCUUAAUUGGCAGAGUCCAUGCACAAAAGGAUCUGAUCUCUUGGGACCUUUGGCAGGGAAAUUAGGGUUUGUGAAGAGAGCAGUUUUCUUUCUUCUUUCCUAAUGCCGGAGCCCCUCCCACUCUUUUCAUCUUGGCUUUCAGUAGAAAUGGGUCUGUGCUGCAAGGCUUGAGCUCCCCCACAGAUUGGGCAGUGUUUGGAUGAAGUGCUCUGGUUCAGCCCAGUGUCACGUGCAGUAAAAAAGGGCUGAGCUUUUGUGAUUACAAAGGGGAAUCUUUACCCGGACUGCCGGACACAGAUAGACCAUGCCAUUCUCUCUAGCUCUCUAACACCCUUACUGCACUGACCAGUUUCAUCACCUAGGUCUCCAAAAGUCCUGGUGUGGACUUUGCAGUGAUGACAGGGGCUGUUGACCGAGCUACAAAGUGGAGACAGAAACCAGAUUAAACUAAUAAUAUUCUCCUAGGGAUGGAAUUGGCACACGUGUCUCAGCCGUCUUGCUUUAAACUUGCUCCAUUCUAGGUUUUUUCUCAAAUGAAAAUGAUAAGCUAUCACUGGGCAGUCUCCCUCCCUGUGGUAUUACCCACAUCCCUUAGGCUGCCACAGGAAAACAUGCAGAAUAUUUUACAACAUGGCAAAAAUCUCCCCAAAUGUGCGUCAAAAGAAACUCUGUGUUAGCGAGUGUUCAACUUAACAGCCAAAUGCUUGGCAGAGAGCUAGAAACCCAUCUCCUUUUGUUGCUUAUGAGGGGCACUGAGUAUAUUGCUCCCUUAUCUGCCAAGCUAAACAAAUAUUUAAAGGGAUAUGUUUGGGACUGGCACAGUAGUCUGCAGCAUUUAAAACACCUAUUGCUAAUAUUAGCAGCUAUUUAUAUUGGGUAAAUCUCGCUAGCCGUUUUCCAUCUCAGUAGAGGUCAAUGAUAAGGACACUACUUGGGCCCUGUUUACCAUGGAAGAGGGGCUAUUUUUGCAGACUCAGCUGUUCUUGUCAGUGUCUCCCCUAAUACCAGCUACAGAAUUGAUGUUCUUAUUAGUUUUGCUGAUAGUAUUAACUUAGUUUUACCGUUCACCUCAUUUAGCAGGCAUAUAACUGUUAGCCCACCCAGACUGCUGUAAGUAGUGGGGACUAGCCUGUACAUUAAAUACGGAGGGAUGCAUCUAUGCUAGCAGGGGAAAGUUUGCAGACAUCACAGUAGACCAGGGCAUCAUACAAAAAGGAGAAAUAUUCAGCAUGACUAUCCCUGCUUGGAUUAAUUACCCACUCUCUCUAAUAACUUGUGCUCAGGAGCCAGAGGGAUAGAAGAGGCCUGCACAUGCUACCAUUUCUAAGCCAUGGUACGAUCAGAUAAUCAAGCUACAUGGUCUUUAUUUGAGGCGGGGGGGAGGGGGAUAUCAUCUUAAAUACCCUUCUAAUUUUCCUGGUUUAAUGCACUCAAUCAGUGCCUCUGUGGGGCACUACAGGGGUUAAACCUGCAUCUGGAAGGUGAUUUCACUUUUUAACGGUGUUUAUCAUUCUUGAGUCUCUAUAUGGCUGUUGCUGAAAUGGACUCUAAUUGCAGCCUCCACCCAGAGAUGGAUCCAGGGUAGUGCAAUGGCAUGGAUGUACCCAACCAUGGCUGUGCACUGCAUAUGGAGAGAGCUAUUGGAGCUCACCAGCAUGUCAGCUCAGCUCCUGCCUGAGGUCCACAUGUGCUGUGAGUGCUGAGCUCAACAGCUGUUCAGCACAGUCUCAGCCUUGAGCCCGUGCUUUCACAGAGCUUCAGAGCCCCAGGGGUGAGCACUGCUGCUGUUCACCCUUUCCCUCCCCAACCUCCAGGGCUGGGGGUGGGGGGCUUCAGAGCUGUGCAAAAUUGGGGACCCCAGCCAGAUCCUGUGUUGACCAGCUGGUGAGCUCAUGAUGCAUGUGGAGCUCCAGCAGGGAUGGUGAGGCACCCCCAUAGCUUCAUUUUGGCACCCCCCCACCAGACAGCACUCAAGUCUAGGGCCCUGCUUGCCCACCCAUUGUUAUAACACUGUACCUAGGCAAGAGGCUGUGGGUUUUGAUCAGAGAUGCUCAGUUGUGUGGCCCAUGGGUAGCCCAGUCAACCGUCCUUGGUUUCCACAAUCAUGUAUUGACGACAUGAAUUUAUUGCUCGUGUUGAUACUUCCUUCGUGAGUUUGUGUUAGUUUAUUUUAACCUUCCCAAGCAACAGUGUGAAUUUGCAUUUCGAAUCAGAAUAGUCACAGCCUGAAGCAACUGAAGAGGAGAGCAAACAGAUGUCCUCAUUGCUCUUUGGUUUCAUCGCAAUGUAACUAGACUGUCAAGAAGUUGUUCCCUGAUUCUUCCUCGCGUGUGAAUGAGAUCAGAGGCAAAGUCAAAACGUGCAUGACUAACGCAUACAAUCUGAAAAAGGUCUCUUUGUCUGGUCUAUACCUUUCAAAACAUUAGAUAAGUCCAGACAAGAAUUCCUGCCCAAGAAACGCAUGCUUUCUAGAGCCAUCAGUUGUUCUUAUUGCUUUCCUCUAUACCCUUUCUCAAAAAGGCAUCAUCACUUCAGCCAAUUUCAUGAAUGGGAAAAAGACCAGACGGCCUUCUCAGUAUUUCUUUAAAGCUAUGUAACACUGCCACUCCAUUUUCCAGUUGCCCUUAGACUGAGGUCCAUUGCCAGCUAUACUUUGGGCAGGCAUAGAUAUGUUUUAACUUGCCAACCUUUACCAUAGUUACAGCGUUGCAUUUUUAAUUGCGCCAUCAUCUUCCUUCUUCACCUUCUGGCCUACUGCAGAUAAAGUGCACUUGGUUGAAGAAAAAUUUAAAAUAGCAGGCAGUACAGGGUGCCUCCUGAGUCGCCAUUGGACUUGGGCAGAGAAGCGAGUUGGGGAUACAUUGCUUUUAAAAGCAAAAACCCCACAAAAAUUAGCAUAGCCCAGAAUCUCCUGCAAUUGCAGUUUGUAAGUUGCUGAGAAUAUCCCUUGAUCGCAACUUCUAGAGACCAAGACAUGAAAGAGCAGAACCCUCUCUCACCCUGUACUGAUAAAAAUUUGAAAGGAUGGUACAGUGAUUAGGGGCUUGUCUAUAUAGGGAAAUUGUACCAGCAUGUUUCCUCUGUGAACAUAUAGUCUUGUUCAUUGAGUUAAAUUGGUAUAGUUCUACUGGCCAACAAACCCUGCAUAGACUAACUCUUAAGUAACAUGAGUUUUAAAGGGGGACUGUCAUAUUUGAAAUCUUAAGUCCUUGUUUAAAACAAGAGUGAAAAAUGUAAUGCACAAUUACCCCUGCUUCUCCAUUUUUCUGCUAAUUAUCCUAUGGGGUUGUUCAAUCAAAUUUUUCAUGUGGUUUUCUUCUAAUGCUUUUUCCCCUCCUUGCUAUGUAAAGACCUAGAUGAAUAAGAGAAGAAACUGGUAUAAUUUUUCACUGUGCAAAUAUUGAAGUAAAUGUGUUCCCAUUGAAGUUCAUGGGGUUGCUCACACGAGUCUUGCAAACAAACGUGUGUGUAGCUCAGUUUGACUAUACACCUUGACUAGACAGGGCAAACAGUGAAGUCGACAAGACGGUACAGUAAAAUAACAACCAAAAAAGCUGAGAAGAUUUUUGGUAACUCUGGAUAGUGAACUCCCCUACUGUUUGCAGCAACCAUAGAUUUAAAAAAUCCAGAUAGGGCAUGAGCUUUAGCAGACCUUUGGGGUAGGCUGAUUCUGGGAGUUACUCAAAUGUAUUUUACUACUCGGAGAGACUUCUCCCCAUACACUAGAGUUCAGGGUUGCUGAGGGUGGGCAUCUUGAACAGAAUGGUCCAUGUGUGAAUAGUCUAGGAGGAGGUAAUUGCAUUGCCAUUCUGUACUUUAUCCUCAUUACCAGUAGCUCUUGAGUUGCUCAUUAUUGUUUGAAUAUCUAGUUAGCUUGGAUCCUUCAGAUAAGGGAAAUGGCCAAAAAUUCAGGUCUGGAUUUUUAUGAGAUGAACCACACAUGUCAUCUUUACAGCUGUUUGACCCUCUUGACUUCAGUGGAGAUACUCCUGGUUUACAUCAGCACAAAAGAGAUCAGAAUCAGAUGCUUUCUCUAUUUAACAGCACCAUUAUUAUUAUUUUUUUUAUAACGUGAUUGACAUAGGCACUUUGGUUUUGCAAUAUUUUGUACAUGGUAAUAUUGUUAUAGAAAACUCCUUUUUUGGAUUAAACUGUGUAAUAUUUGUAAUAUGUCACCAAUGUGCAAACUGUUUUGAGUCUUGUAAAUACUUGCAAUCUUUGAGGUUUUUAAGGUAUGGCUAAGUGGUGGGGCGUAGGCUGUUAUUCAGGGAUUAGAAGAUACAUUUCUUACAUAAAUGACAAAGAAUUUUUUGCAACUCUGUACAUUACAGAUGAGACUGGAUUAUAUUUAUAAAAUUAGGAUCUUGUACUGCAUUUUUUUCAGCUUUGUCAAGACAAAGCCGUUUACCUUUCUGUAUUACAGAUGUGGGGCAGGUUUCCUUUUUACACUGUUUUAAAAUAAUUUUUUAGACUUCUGGGGGCAGGAGAUGCAUGUACCAUUUUGAUGAAAUAAAACAUGUACGUUUCUGACUA